AUGACCAUUCCUAAGCCACCCUACCCAGUCCAUGUGGCCCAACUUGGCGGCGUGCCGAACAAGAGCCUCGAUAUCCCCCUCUGUUCUGUCUUCAUGGUACUCUUCCUGGUUGGCGGUGCUGGACAUAUGACAAGACUGCAACUCAACCUCCGGCGAGGCCACAAGUUUCCUCUCUCGGGAGCAAUGUUCGGCUUUUCAAUGGCCAGGGUGGUAGCAUGUAUAAUGCGAAUCAUCUGGGCGGUAUAUCCAACCAACGUUGGCAUCAGCAUUGCAGCGGUUCUCUUCGUCAAUCUUGGAGACCUGCUGUGCUGUUUGAUCAACAUCUUGUUGGCUCAAUCCAUUGUGAAGGCUCUACAUCCCAGGGUUGGCAACCACAAAUAUUUCCGCUACUUCAUCACCACGUCUCUCUCGCUCCUUCUGGUCUCCUUAUGUAUCAUCCUUGGUUUCGUGGUCUCCUCUUACUACACCCUGGAUCGGAAGAAACUCAAUGAUGCGAAAGCGGGAUCAUUUGCAGGAGGCACGUACAAUGCUUUCACGUCCUUGAUACCGAUCUUCCUCAUUCUCAUUUCAUACCAUAUCCCCCGAAAAGAAACGCGAAAUUUCGGCAAAGGUAGCAUGAGCACCAAGGUCCUCAUCCUACUGUACGGAAGUCUGGCUCUGGCGACAGGGUUCUGGUUUCGAGUCGGAAGUGGCUACAUGGCCCCAAGACCAGUGAACGAACCUCCACCGUGGUUCUCGAAAGCGUGCUUCUACAUCUUCUACUUCACAAUCGAGGUAUCAAUCAUCUGGGGCUAUCUGAUCAUGCGAAUCGAUCUGCGCUUCUAUAUGCCAGCCGGACCGGACAGAGGCGAUGGGUCUAGGUCUAUGCCUAGCGAUCAUGAAACUGAAGAAAUUGAACUUAUGGCAAAUAAGGGGAAGUUUACGCAGGAUUCGAGACCUACAACUAGAGGUACGGGGGAGCUGCGAUCUGCGACUGUGGGAGAAAGUGAUGGCGGUGACAAAGUGCCAGAAAUGCCUCAUCUCGAUCCAACUGAAUUAGAUGCGAUCAAGAAGGAUGAUAGGGUGUCGCAAGAGCAAACGAAGGAUAACGCGGGCACAUCGCCGCUUUCGAAUGGAGAUGUUGUGGAGAAGCAUGAUGUAUCCUCUUCUGAACCAAAGUCUAAAGAUGAUCCUUAG